AUGUGUGGCGCAAUCUGGUGUCAGUUAAAACAGUCAGAAAAUGAAAAGUUAUUCGAUCGUAGUGAUGCAAAGUUGUACUGGAGAACAGUGUUGCAUACCUUCUUUAUAUACCAUCACGCUUAUGUGGGUUCUUACUCUUGUGGUUUAGAGAAUGCUUUAAAAAAUAGUGGUGAAGACAAGCUUCGAACCUUGUAUACAUUUCGUAUUGCCUACUUGACUGGCUGGAAUUUUGCAUUUCAAACAGUGUUCCUAUUCCUGGCAGUGGGCCACGAUAUACUGCAGUGGGCAGAUAAACAACACACUUCACUCGGAGUCAAGUUGCGGUACUGGCGUGACGUCAUUUACAAUGGACUCGUCGUACCUUAUUCUUGUUUCGUAUUCGGAAUGUUCUGGAGCCUUUACUCGAUCGACCGCGAGCUCGUCUUCCCUCGCGUCUACGACGACGUGGUCCCAUGGUGGUUCAACCAUUGCGUUCAUACCAACAUAAUGAUCCUCGUCGCCAUUGAGACCUUCCUUCAGGCGAGAAGAGAACCUACUGAUAAGAGAAUGGAGCUCAUUUUAAAAUGCACUGUUGGAAUUCUUUACGCUAUUGUGUACUAUACCAUCUACUUCUUCGCACAUCGAUGGUUGUACAACGUCUUUGGAGUCAUGAAUUUGUGGCAGAUCUGUCUGUUCCAACUGGGCAUCUGGAGUUCUUCGUUUAUUUUCUAUUUCAUUCACUUCCCCAUAAACCGACUUAUACAUGGAGUACAGGAGACCAGUUAUGAGAUUCCAGAAAAAAACGGUGAUUUGCAAAAUGGAAACGUUACAUUUAAAAAUGGGAAUAUUUUGUCAAAAACUGUUGAAUUGACACAUAAAAAUGAAGCAAAAAAUGGAGAAGCUACAAAAACAGAUGUUCCAGAUAACAGAGAUGGAAAAGCUAACGGGGUAGAUUUAAAGGGAGACCAGAAGAAUAUAUUCACAAUUACACAUAGUAAUACAGAUUUAAACAUACCCCCAUUCUCAACAAGAUCGUGGAGUUUGAAAUAUAGAAAUUUAAGAAGUCAAUUCGAAAAUUCUAGCCUUUAACUUAGUUUUGGGAAUACGGUUAAGUUAUUUAACUGGGUUGAUUUUCUUUCUUCCUCAAUUCUGAUAAUCUAAAACUUUGUUGGUAUGUGUUUUAUUUAUGUACAAUUUGAAACAGUAUUUUCAUGUAAAGGUAUCAACUUUUGUGUAAGAAUGGUGUGGUUAGUGUACAUGUAAUAUUAGUAAUAUUUUUAUAAUCAAAGUAAGUGGCAGUCAACCGAUGUUAAGUUUGUCCAAUAUCACUAUGAUUUGUAUUACCAUGAUAUUCAAUUAUUUUUUUGUGAAAUUACUAUUCGAGUAAUUUGUUAGAAUUAUUAUUAAUGUAAAGAUCGAACACUAAGAAGAAGUAAGACUGGAUUCAAACCAGCGCCUUCAGCAUACCAUGCCUGUCAGUGGCCGUAGCAUGGCAUGCAAUAUGUGAUAAACCCUAGAUAAACCUUCUCGUGACAUAUAUAUUUUUAUUGAAACGUAUUUUUUGAAUUUAUUUCGUUUAUUUGGUAAUGAACCAUUGUUAUACGCUUUGAAGCAAAGGGAUAAUGAUAUGAAAUUACGUAUAUAGCUAUCUUUGUCAUUUAAUGAUCGCCGCGAAAACGACGAAACCAAAAAAUAUGUAGUUUCAGUUUUUAAAUAUUUUGCUUUAUAUUAUUAUUAUUAUUUACAUAUUUCUAAUUACUCUCAUGUAUUAAAACGUUCUCCUUAACAUUUUCCAAUAAUUUAUGUAAAUAAAUUUGUUUGCUUUUAUUAUUUCUGUUUAUUUCGUUCGUCGCGCUCAAUUUUGACGUUGAUAAAAUUACUGUGAAGAAGUGUCAAAAUGGUUUAAAAUCAGCUGUGACGUUUCGGCCAUGCGACAAAAAUAUGACGUAAAAUAUGAUGAGCAUUGUGAGGUGCUCGCCAUGUUAGCAAUUGUGAUAAAAUUUGUGUAUAUCACUCGAAUUUGUAUAAUAUCUUUAUCGCGGCGGCAUGCUACGUUGGCAGAUGAUUGAAAAUGGUUCGAAUCUAUCCGGAUCGAAGGAAUUUGUCUCAAUGUUUUUCGUAAUGAUCUUUAUAUUAAUAAGUUAACCGAUGGUUUUUCAACGAUGAGGUUACAAAUUCCUUGCCAUGAGACAGAUGUGUUGACGAUACUGCAUCUUGUCGUCGUUAUUUUGAACUGUAGUUUAAAAAAAUAAAUGAAUACGGUAAAUUACUAAGAUUUUUUUUUGCUUUGUUGAAAUUAUAUAAUUUUCGCAGCCAGAUAUCCAUUUACUGUCUUUUUUGUCUUCACAAUAGGAGCUGUUCUUUUUCUUCUGUCCUGUCGAUGAUUUUUGGUUUUAAAAUUGUAUGAUGGAGUAUUCUGCCUGUGUUAUUACAAUAAUAUCGAAUGCUCCAUCCACUGGAACGAAACUGGCUGCUAUUUGUCGUCGGCAUUGAGGUUGGCAGUCAGCGUCUCUCUAAUUAAAAAACAACUUUUAUAUAAUAUAAUAUGAUUCAUCUUUAUGUCUUCUAUUCAUAGACCUAGGUCAAUAAAGAGGAGAUUUGGUAGUGGAUUUUAGAGUCAAUGGCUUAGCGGUGGCAACCGUCAGUUGUGUAAUGCGCAAUAGGAAGUAAGCGUGACUACAGUUCCGGUAUCUAUCAAAAAAAAUAGGGAGUAUACUGUAUGUGCACCCGGGGCACUAGCUUUUUGAGAACCGAAUGAAGUCAGUGACAAUGGUUUGUGACAAUCCAGUACACUUGCUGAUCUGGGGUCAGAACCUGAACUUAGAAUCUGAACUUAUAGUACCCUUCUCGUAUACCCUAAGGGCGGUAGUGAGGGUCAAUAUAAUCAAAAGUAAUGUAGAAAGAUAUGGGGCUGACCUAAGCAAUACUUCUAUCUGUUUGUGUGGCUGAUCAAAUUUGUAAGCGAAACUCUAUAACAAACUUGACCAACGUCUCAAGUACCAGCUUGUGUACUUCUAAAAUGCUAAUCGACGACCGCUGCCAUCGUAGUGAAGUAUGGAACGCGUGAUAACUUUAGAUACCAUUUUAGAGAGAAUAAUACAGGCACAGGACUUACUAUAGCGCCCUAAAUACACUCCACCUACAGCCGUCUGGUUCGGCCUCGGUUAUUUUCCUUGGAGGUUUCCAACGAAAUACGGUAUGUGGUAUUCUCAAGCUAACUUUUCUAUAAAUGUAAUAAAAUUAAUAUCUGUAGAUAAAUAUUUUCUGUAUGGACUGUGUUGGAGCACCGCAUUCGAAUUAGGUUAGAUUAGUAUCCCUAGAACAUCUAUUUCUGCAGCUACCACUGUGAUUUUUAAAUAACAAUACUGAUUCAUAAUGUUUAUCUCGUCUUGUAAUCUAAAUCCUUUUUCAAUUGGGUGUAAAAUUAAACAGACCGACUUCAGAAUAUACAUGUACUAAAAAGCUGAAGUUAUUUGACAUAAAUAACUAAGAUACAAUAGAAGUUGACAAGACCCGUGUGCCUGUAUUUUCACCAGUAGUUUUACCCUUCAAGGCCGGAACGCAGUAAUGCUCAAAUUACUGCUUUCUUGGACAUAUUGUGCCUUUGUGAAGCUCAGAGCUUUAAUUGUAAAUAUUUGAGGGUUCACUGUUACUGCGUUCGUCACCCUGAAACAUAAAGUUGAUAAAACCUGUAGAUUCACCAGCGCCCUUAUCCUUCAAGGCCGGAACGCAGUAAUGCCCACAUUACUGCUUGGCGGCAGUUAUAAAUGCAUGUGGCGGUGCUACUGCUACUAUAGUUUUACUAGUACGAGUUAUAUUAUUUGUAGACAGAGACGACAUUGCAGUGUAACUACUCAUUGAGAAGCUGAGUCUAGAUUUACCAAAAUAGGUUUAGAACUAAACGUAACAGAAUUGAUAUCAUUCAAUAUUCUAUAAGUUAUCAAAAUCAUUCAAGGAAUCAGGUAAUUAAAACUAGAUAUAGAAUAGUAAUUAUUAACUUAUAAUAUUAUUAGUUGAUUUACUUGGUAAAAUAACUAAAUUUCGUGUAUAACUAAAAUUGUAUAUAAAAUCAG